CAAGAAAACAAAAAACAUCAAGACUCAAUGUAUAGAAAUGCUAUUUCCAUAUAAGCAUUGAUACUUAGUGUAUAAGUGUUACAUGUGUGUAGUUAAGAAGACCUCUGUGAUUUACUCUUUCUCCUCUCUUUCCUCUGUUUUGACUUUUACCCCUUCACAAUGAUGACAAGCUCGCCCCCGGCGGUUGAGUCCGGUGAUGCCGCCGUGAAGAUCGUCGACGACGAUGGUCGGGAGAAGCGAACGGGGACGUUUGUGACGGCGAGCGCGCACAUAAUCACGGCGGUGAUAGGCUCCGGAGUGUUGUCGUUGGCUUGGGCACUAGCACAGCUUGGUUGGGUGGCAGGAACCGUAAUUUUGGUGACUUUCGCCAUCAUCACUUACUACACAUCCACUUUGCUCUCCGAUUGUUACAGGUCGCCGGACGCCGUCACCGGAACGCGCAAUUACACUUACAUGGGCGUCGUUCGAGCUUACCUUGGUGGUAGAAAGGUGGCGCUAUGUGGACUAGCACAGUACGGGAAUCUCGUAGGGGUCAGUAUUGGUUACACCAUCACUGCCUCCAUAAGCUUAGUGGCGAUUGGGAAAGCAAAUUGUUACCAUGUGAAGGGCCAUAACGGGAAAUGUUCUGCAUCGAAUUAUCCAUACAUGGCGGGAUUUGGGAUGAUCCAGAUUGUUCUCAGUCAGAUUCCUAAUUUCCACAAGCUCUCUUUCCUCUCCAUCAUCGCCGCCAUUAUGUCCUUCUCUUAUGCCUCUAUCGGAAUUGGUUUGGCCAUCGCCACUGUCGCAAGUGGGAAGGUUGGUAAGACAGAACUGACAGGCACGGUGGUAGGAGUGGACGUAACGGCGUCUGAAAAAAUCUGGAGAUCGUUUCAAGCGGUUGGAAACAUUGCGUUUUCGUACGCUUAUACCAUUAUUCUCAUUGAGAUUCAGGUAUCUACUGAUUCCUACAAUAUCUUUCGUUUUAACAAGGACACAUUGAGGUCAAGCCCACCAGAGAACAAAGUGAUGAAAAAAGCAAGCCUUAUUGGAGUCUCAACCACAACUGUUUUCUACCUCUUGUGUGGUUGCAUUGGUUAUGCUGCGUUCGGAAACCAAGCCCCUGGUGACUUCCUUACCGACUUUGGUUUUUACGAACCUUACUGGCUCAUCGAUUUCGCCAAUGCUUGCAUUGCUCUCCAUCUUAUUGGUGCCUAUCAGGUGUAUGCUCAGCCGUUUUUCCAGUUUGUUGAGGGAAAAUGCAGCAAAUGUUGGCCUGAAAACGAUUUCAUCAACAUGGAAUACUCUUCCAAGAUACCAUUGGUCGGAAAAUGUCGUGUCAACAUGUUUAGGGUGUUGUGGAGGACAAUCUAUGUGAUUUUGACAACAAUUGUAGCAAUGAUGUUCCCAUUCUUCAACGCCAUCGUGGGUUUGAUAGGGGCACUUGCGUUUUGGCCGCUAACAGUUUAUUUUCCUGUGGCAAUGCACAUUGCGCAGACAAAGGUUAAGAAGUAUUCUCGCAGAUGGUUGGCACUGUACCUCCUCAUAGUGGUUUGCUUCAUUGUCUCGUUUCUAGCUGCGCUAGGAUCCAUCGUCGGCCUAGUAGCUAGUGUCAGGAAAUUCAAGCCUUUCCAGAGUUUAGACUAGUUGACUUAUGACCUCUUCAUCUAUAUUCUAGCUGAACUAGUAUUUAUCUCAAGCAAAAUAGUCUGUUGUUCAAAUAAUGUUGUUAACGUUCUGUUUUGUGAUAUGGUAGAAACCAAAAAAACCAAAUGGUAAUCGAUCUAAAUUAGUAAAUCGUGUGAAACUUGAUAAAAUAGUUUUUAUAUAUUUUCUAAGACUAAAGGAUUUAUUUGUUCAA